AUGACACCAGCGGCAGUGGGGCUCGGGCAGGUCUGCCGUCGCGGCGUGAGCGUCGCCGCCCGAUCGUCCGACACUACGAGCAGCGACACCGCGGGCCACCCGGGCGGCAGCGGCGGCGGCGCGCCCCCAAAGCUACUGCAGCGUGCCGCCGCGGCGCUGUGCGCAGCCGCGAUGGUCCUGGCGCCGAUGCCGGGCGUGCCGAACGGCCUGCUUGACCCGGCGAUCGCCGCUGAUGUGGGCAAGGUCGGCACCUGCCUGCUGUCGAAGUGCCAGGGCGCCCUGGCCCGGUGCCUCGCGGACGGCCCCUGCCUGCAGAACCUGGUAUGCCUCAACCUCUGCAACGGGAACCCCGACGAGGCGGGGUGCCAAGUCAAGUGUGGCGACCAGUAUGGCGACAAGGCCAUAGAUGCCUUCAACUCGUGCGCCCUGAGCGAGCAGAAGUGCGUGCCCAAGCGCAUCGACGAGGACCUCUACCCUGUGCCGCCGGUCGAGGCCCUGGACAAGGCCUUUGAUAUCUCGGGCUUCACGGGCCGCUGGUACAUCACCGCGGGCCUCAACCCGCUGUUCGACACGUUUGACUGCCAGGAGCACUUCUUUGUGAACCCCGAGCCGGAUAAGAUCUCCGCUCAGAUCAACUGGCGCAUCAAGAAGCCCAACGGCGACUUCUCUGAGCGCAGCACCAUCCAGGACUUUGUGCAGGACAGCUCGCAGCCCGCCAUCCUAUACAACCACGAUAACGAAUUCCUUCACUACGAGGACGACUGGUACAUCCUGGGGUCGAAGCCUGACGAAUACAUCUUCAUCUAUUACAGGGGCAACAACGACGCGUGGAAGGGGUACGGCGGCGCAACUGUGUACACGCGGGAGCGGCAGCUGCCCCAGGAGUUGGUGCCGGAGCUGACUGAGGUGGCCAAGGGCGCCAACCUCAAGUGGUCGGACUUCACCAUAACGGACAACACGUGCGGCCCGCACCCGCCGCCGAAGCCGCUGCUGAAGGCCGUCGAGGCCGAGGCGGAGCGCGUGGAGGCGGCAGCUGAGAUGCAGCUGCGCAGCUUCGGCCGCGGCUUCACCGUGUUUGAGGACCGGCUGGCCUCAGAGCUGCUCGCGGAGGAGAAGGAGCUCGCGAAGGACCUGCGGGAGUUUGAGCAGCUGCUGGAGAAGGCCGAGAAGGAGGCGGCGGCCAAGUUACUGGAGGAGGAGGAGCUCGUGGUCAACGGGCUGCAGGGCUUCUUCAAUAAGGUGGCAAGCCUCUUCACACGCAGCUCCUGA